AUGGUAACUGAGAUGAUAAAUUUCGACCGCAAUGAGUUUAAAAUAAAUGAUUUGGAAGUGGAUCACGAAGACCCAAUCCUUAAACAAGAGCUUAAUCAACUAAUUUAUGAGCAGUUGAGUAAUUUUGAUUUCAGUGAUGAAGAAAACCAGCUAGGGUUAGCUGCGAAUAAUGCUGUGCCGUGUGACUCUAACGAUUUAAUGAGCAUUUUCGAAGCAGAAAAAUUGUCUUUGCUAGAAGGUGCUAUCCACAAUUUUGGAGAGUGCUCUGAAAAUGAAACCACGAAUUCAAAUGAAUUAACAAGUUCUAAGAAUGAUAGUGAGCAAUCACGUAAUGGAUACGGAUUCUCUGAAUCACAUGGUCAGUGCACCCUAAACACCUGUGGUUUUCAGCACCCUGAAGAUCCCAACAACAGAUCUGAGCGAUGUGAAAACACUAACAAUGGUCAUCCUUCUUGUAAUAACUACCACAAUGAGACAAAAGAUGGCAGUUCUGAACCGGUUCUUAGUUGGGACUUAAGUCUUCCUGAUGAGACUGGAGAUAAAUUAUCUGAUGUGGCGCGACACAAUGUAGAACCAUGCACAACACAAGGUGUAAUUCUUACUCUUCCUAAUCAUACUGAAUCCCUACAAAUGUUAUCAUCGGCCUCGUCGUUUGGUGCUGCUCCUUCAUCAUAUUUUAUGUCAACUACGAAUCCGAAAAAUGCAAUUUGGCCAGGAAGUUCUAAAGUCCCUACCCCGUCUCACGUAACGUAUGACCAGAUGACUCACACUACUAUUCCCGUUAGCACUUUAGAUAUGCAACCUAGAAAGCUACAUCCAGCUAGCAAUGAACCGGAUAAGAAUAUCUCACAUAAAAAUGGCUUUAUCCCGUACAUUACUCCAAUAAAGACUUGUAGUAUUAACGAAAAAAUAGAUUCUUGUUUACUACCUAACGACAAACAGGAUCGUCGUGAAUUACUGUAUGCCGCUCGAGGACAUCAGUUACAGGAGCUACAGACAGAAAUUGUUCAGUUAAGAGAGGACAUAGCCAAAGAAAAACGUCUGUCUAAUCAUCGUUUGUUAUUAGCUGAAGGAGAUAAAGAAAUACUACGUUCCAAACUAUCAGCAAUGGAAGAUACUGUCAAGUCAUUACGUGAAGAGCUUGUUGCUAAACAAGAAAACUCGGAAGUCUUACAGAAACAACUGAAACGGAAUGAAGAGCUUCAGAAAAAGUUGGAUGAAGAACUUAGAGCUUUACGAUCAACUAAUGAAUCCUUAUCCAGUCAAUUAGUUGAGCUUACUACAGGAAAUGCUUUAAAACGAGCUGAAGAAAGAGAAGCCCAAUUAACAGAAUCUCUUGAACAACGUUUUAUUUCGAAAACUGAGGAAAUUAGAGCAGAACUAAAUACAACUCAAAGACAUUUAACUGAGAAGGAAGUUGAAGUAACUGAUUUACGUCGUCAGCUAGAAAUAUCUAAAGCUGAAAUAAUUAAAGCACAACAGACACACAAUAAAAUGAUAAACGAGGCUAAUAAACAAUUAGAGGAGGCUCAAAAGCAUUGUCAACAACUUGCUUCAUCUGCUUUAUGCUCAGAAGUUACGUCCUUAAGACAAAAGGUCAUUGAACUGGAGACUUCGAAAAAGAUAACAGAAGAUGUGAACAAGAUUUUACAGGAUGAACUACGAGAUUUUCGGGAUCAAGUUAGCAUUUAUGAAAGCGUUUUGAAGUUAGAUGUUUAUUUCCAUAACAAUGGUAAUAAUGAGAACCAAUUUUCGUAUGAAUCAAGUGAAUUUACACCUACUGGGAUAAAAGGACGCCAUUCAGGAAAAUCCGUUGCAUUCGCCGAUACCAUCGAGUGCAGCCACGCAAAUCUACAUCGUCGACGUCCAUGUUCAGCAAUCGAACGGCCUAUUCACAGUGCGAAUGAUAAUUGUGCCAUCGCUGGUUGGGAUUCAAAUGAACAGUCUUACCGCUUUCGCCAAAAUUCGGACGGUAAACAACCAUACAGUGAUAAUGCUGAUUUCACAGACAAAGUAUGCGAAUAUGAACAAGAUGGUUUAUUCCAUUCGUUAACUCGUCAAGGUAUAUUAACCAGUACUCCUGCAGUGUCAGUAAUAUCACCGAAAUCACCAAUGGCUAAACUACGCAAUGAACUGGAACGUUGUCUUUUAAACUACAAGGCUAAACGAGAACAAGUAACUAAACUUCAUGAAACUCUAUAUAUAACACGUUGUCAGUUGCAUCAAUCAAGAGAAGCAUUAGAAAAAGCUGAAAAAUCAGCUAAAUGUUUACAGGAGCGUGUUCUGUCUUUAGAACAAGAAUUAUCUACUUUGCGUUCUAUCGGCGACAAUCCUGGGCCUAGGGAAGUCUUACUAAGUGGUCAGUUAGAACGGUUAAAAGGGGAUUAUGCUCACUUGGAAGACGAGUUACAGACAACUCGUACACGUUUACAAGCUGCGCUUGGUGCAGAAGCCAAAGCAUUAGAGGCUGAGAAAACUAUCAGUGAACGUUUAGCUGCAAGUGUAGCAGAAAGAGAUGCAGCUGUUGAUCGUGCUAAAGCCAUUUGUGAAGCUCAAUAUACAGUAAUGCGUCGCCGCUUAGAAGCAGACUGGGCCAAUGAAAGAGAAACUAAUGCACGUCGUGCUGAAGAAAAACUUGCAGAUAUGGAGAAGGGAAUAUGUGAGAUGGAACGUGAAGUUCAACGGAUUACGAAUUUAUAUCAAGAAAGUCAAAUAUCUGCAAAGAAGGCUGUUGAAAACGCUGUCAUGGAGGCUAUGAAGUUGAGAGAAGCAGAGAGAAUGCGAUUUUGGAGGGAAGAGCUGCCGGAACAAAUCGAAGUCGCACGUCAGUCAUGGAUUUUGCAAAUGAAAACACAAAAUACAGGAGUCAACGCUCUUAUUAAUAAAUUUAAGGAUAAAGGCAAUCAGACAGAAGCUUGUGUAUCAAUGAAUGUUAGCGUAAAUACGUCAUAUUUAGCAAAAUCUACCGCAUUUGUUCAAACUGAACUUAGUGAAUUGCUACCAAUAAAGUUUGGAAUAACCGUGGGUAAUCAAAUACCGGAUAGUUUUAACAGUAAUGAAAUUAAAACUGCUAUUCGUAAUAAAUAUCCUAUAUUGUCUGAAUAUUUGUCUGCAGAAUGUCUUUUUCAUUUAUGUACACAUUUAACUGAAACAUCCUGUAUGAAUUUAUGUUAUUUGGAGAAGGAAAUAUCAAACUCUUCACAAAAUGUCUUUAAACAUCUACUUCAGGAUUUGUUGAAACAGAUCGAUAAUGAAAUUGAUAAGCUAACAGUUGAAUAUAAUGUAGCACAUAUUUUUAAUAGGAAUGUAAAUAAGUUUUUCUCAGAAAAUCAGUUUAUGUUUAAGUGCCUUGAUACGCUACAAUGUAGUUCUGCCGAUAUUUCAACUGAUAAAUCUGAUGAAAUUUUCGAGCAAACAUCUUCGGAUUAUUGUCAGAAAAAUGCAAAUUACAAUUAUUUAAAAAUUCGAUUGUUUACAAUGAUUGGUUGUGAAUAUCAAUCAGUGCUUGGGAAAAUUCAUUUGUUAGUUGUUAAUCUUGAUGAUAUGAGUAAAUGUGUACAAAAAUUCAACAAUCCAUUAUUAAACAUCAUCAAUUCAACCACUUAUGAACAGAAAUCUGUACAAGUUAGUGGUCUAGAUGCUGAAUAUUAUCAUUCUAUUAUUAAAAAAAUCAAAGCUGAUGUUUUAAAUUAUGUUGAACUAUGCCAAUCUCGUGCUGCACAAACACUUCAUUCAGAAUUAGCCCGUGUACAUAAAAGAGCUUGUAGACAGUUUACUAAUCAGCUUCGUCAAGCCUUACUUGAAGCUGGAGCGCCAAUAUUUUCUACCCUUAAACCUGUCAACUUUUGUAACAGAACUGUUGACUUUGCAAAUACAGUCGAUUCCACUUUCAUCAAAAAUAAGUCUUGUCAUGUUAACAAAAUGUCUCAAGGCAUGGGCUUAUCGGAAGCUUCCAAUGAGAAUGAUUUUCAAGCUGCUACUACUCCACCAAAUCCACAUUCAGAAUUGGAGUCACUACUACAUAUUAUUGAUGAAGUGUGUGCUUCGACAGAGACUAAAUUUUAUGCGGACACUUCAACUGGAUUACGUUUAUUCAAUCAUCAGUUCGAUGUAUCAAAAUCAUUAUCGAAUGAUGAGAUUAUUCCGCGGAAUUCUAUCAAUAAUACAUUUAUGUGUAAUAAUGAUGUUACGACAAUUUCAUCUCAUAAUACUGUUACAUUUACUCCUUACAUUGUACCAGAAUGCAAACAGGAUCAAUCAUUAUCAAUGCUUCAUCAUUGUUCUCAUAUUGAACAGAAUUGUGACAAAAAGUCAUCCGUCAAAACUGUGUCGAAUCAAUUUAGUAAUCAAAUAAACAAAAUUGACAGUUUACUCUUAGUUUUCUGAUUUUUAUUUUGAUGGAGAAAUAGUAGUUGGGUGUUCGAAAUUUAUGAUGAAAACGUCACUCAAUGCAAUACAGUUCCCCUACUGUAUUUUUUUGAAAUCCACUUUUGGAAUGGAGUACACGAAGUUUUAUGAAGAUCUCAUUUGUUUAUUCCUAUUUUUGUUGAUACAUAACAAAGUGAUUCC